AUGGUACCAUUCGACUCAGCUCGCCGAGACGAAUCGAAUGGUAUAUAUUUUGACCCGUUUCUGAGUGGGCCACCGGCUAAAGUACAGCCAACAAUCGGCUCUUUUCCUUUAUUUUCGCUAUCAUUAUUCAGUGAAUUGACAUUUUCUGAUUUUGACUCAUUUUUUAGUAUCUUCGUUUGAUUUCCUUUAAUUUUUUCUUUUUUAGUUUUGUAGUAAUUUUGGUUUCGUUUUCGUAGUUUUUCUUUGUUAUUUGCCUGAUAAUGUUUAGAUUUUUCUUUCAACUCCUCUUUGUUCACCUUAUAAUAAUUUUUACUUUUUUCAAUUACCUUUUCUUUGUUAAUUUUAUACCAAUUUCGCUUUUUUUCAAGUAUACUUUUUCUAUUUUUUUGAUAUGAAUUUCUAUUAUAUUCAUUCAUCUUUAAUCUUUUAGCUUCUUUAUCAUUAUUUAAUUCUUUUUUUAUUUCUCCCGUUGGUUCUAAAUUUUUAUAUUUUUCAUUUGGAGGAUUAGCCGAAGAUUCAGCCUCAUUAGUCAAUAUU